CACUGUGUAAAUAUAGCCUCAGUGAGACACAUGGCUGCUGAAUGUAAUUAAGGGUGUGUUCUGUGUUCAUAGAGGAAACUUCUCAAACAUUGUCAUGAAUAUUUUUUGAAUGGUUGCAUAAACACAAUGUUGUUUUUGUUGAUUGUAAAGGAGGUUAUGUUUUCACCCCUGUCCAAUUUCCAUGCCAUUUUUGUAAAGUGGUGGGAAACAAACCAGAGAAGAAUCUGUUGUGGUGUGGAUCCAGGUCAGGGCGUGGAGCUUUCAUCGACAGUUUCACAUUACUCAGGGAAUCAUUCAUGGAACUUGAUAGAGAGAGAGAAAUGAGGCACAUUAAGUGAACUGAUUACUAUGAGUUUGUGAGAUUUGGUGCAGCUUGAUUGGAUUGAAAGACACUGUUGGGCCUUGGCGUAUGUAUGUUGCUCUACUGAGUGCUGUUGUAGUUACUUAUGAAUUUAAACAUUAAUCCAACCUCUUUGUGAACAUGCAGGAGACACCCAGAGCAACUGGAACAUUCAGGAAAGUUCACAGAAAUGUUCUUCAUGUGUUUUACUUUCGUUCUAACAUCUUCCACAUGAAUAAGAGUCGACUCAACGCACAGGAACAUGGUUAAGGUUCUUUUAUAGAAUCAAAUCAAGUUCAACAGAAACAGAAGAAACAGCCGCCCAACUGGUUUGAGGACACAUGGAUCAGUGACUUCACAGGAAUUUUUCACCUGUGAACAUAAUGACCUGGAGCAAAGGGGUGGGGCUUUCCCUGUGAGAGCAUGCAGGGUGGCAGUAUUUCUUUACAGUGCUUCCUCUCACUUCCUGAUCUCUGCACUAAUAUGUGGAGGGACAAACAAAGGACGGCCUGUUGUUAUACUCUGGACCUCUGAGAUAUUACCCAGCAGCAGAGAUUAUUUGCCCGUCGCUGGUGUAAAGUAUGUUCUUGUGGAAUUAUCUGACCGUGCUCCUGCUGAUAGCUGCUCAGAUAUGUGAAGCGGCUCACAUAUGUGACAAAUUGGGGAAACUGAAUUUUGGCCACGCGUUCUUUGGCACCAACGUCCAAGUUAAGUUGCGGCUGUUCACCAGGGAAAAUGUCACCUGCGGCACGCUCCUGUCCCACACCAACCUGUCUGCCCACCCACAGUUCAACUUGUCUCGACCCACCACCUUCAUUAUUCACGGGUAUCGGCCCACAGGGUCUAUUCCUCUGUGGAUGGACAGCAGCGUGGAGCUGCUGCUGGCCAGAACGGACACCAACGUCAUAGUGGUAGACUGGAACCAUGGAGCUACCAAUGUGAACUAUUUAAAGGUGGUGGAAAACUUGCAGGAGGUAGCAGCAAACCUCACUGGGUUCGCUGAAAGGAUGCAGGAACACGGGGCAUCUCUGAGCUCCAUCCAUAUGAUUGGAAUCAGUCUCGGAGCUCAUAUAUCAGGUUUCGUAGGAGCCAACCUGAAUGGCUCGAUUGGAAGAAUUACAGCUCUGGAUCCUGCCGGGCCUCAGUUCACUGGCACUGCACCAGAGUUGCGACUGGACUCCACUGAUGCCCAGUUUGUGGACGUCCUGCACACAGACAUCGAUGCUCUGGGCUACAGGGAGCCUUUGGGUCACAUUGAUUUCUACCCAAAUGGAGGAACUGACCAACCCGGCUGCCCAAAGACCAUCUUCUCUGGAACUUCUUAUUUCAAAUGCGACCACCAGAGAUCAGUGUUCCUCUUCCUCGGCUCGGUGAAUCAGACGUGUUCCAUCAGGGCGUUCCCCUGCUCGUCCUACAGCGACUUUCUGGACGGAAACUGCCUGAGCUGUGAGCAGUUUGGUGCUGCUGGGUGUCCUGUCUUUGGCUAUGACGUCGCACAGUGGAAAGACAGCCUGGUGGGACUGGGCCAAACAAAAAUGUUCUUCACAACAAAUCCAGAGUCUCCGUUCUGCACUACAGGCUACACAGUGGAUGUGGUGAUAUGGAACACCAAUAUUCAGUGUGGAUACAUGACCAUUAAACUUCAUCAUAAUGGUACAGAAGCAGUGGCGACCAUUGACCAUAAAUCAUCAAAGUUUGAGAAGUACACAGAGAGCAAGUUGUUCGCCCAGUUUGACAAAGGCAUUGAGUCAGUGGACAAAAUCUCCGUCAAGUUCUCCACUAAGAACCUGCUUAAAUCCAAAUAUAAGCUCCGUGUUCUGCGAAUCCGUCUCACGCAUCUGGAACUGAAGAAAACGGCUCUCUGUCGAUAUGACAUCCUUCUUGAGGACAACACAGAGGUCACAUUCAGGCCGAUUACCUGUGAAGAAUUCAACUUCUGAGGCACAAUCAAACCUUGUGUCAAAAACUUUACUGUGUGUUCUGAGGCUGUCAGCUGCCUUGCACAGGAAAACAAAAAGGAAAAGAGAAAAGAAAUCACAUGGCAGCCAAAAAUUUACUUACAAAUUCAAUGUGAUAUACCGGUGUAUAUACUG